AUGGAGGACGUUCAGAAGCCAAGGCACAUAUAUCAUGUUGGUUAUAAGUUCCCAGAGGUGUAUCAAGAUGGUCUUCUCGGUUUAGUCAAGAGAUUCCCUACUAACAAUUCAGACGCAUUCAGAAGAGAUUAUGGGCGGAUUCUAGUUUACGUAGAGUCUCCGUUGAGCUAUUUUCAGAGGGAUGUUAUUCACAUCCUGUUGCAGCUUUAUGAUCGUCCGCUGAGAUGUUUCGUGUUUCUGGAUUUCUUAUUGGCACCCACUUUGGAGGAGUACUCCGACCUUCUUGACAUUCCAAUGUUGCAUCAGGUUCCGUUCCAUGCUGGUAUGAAGGAGCCAGAAGUUGCUCAUAUCGCUGCAACUUUAUUUUCUCAGGGAUCUGUUAUGAAGUCAAAUAUUCGACAUAAAGGGGGUGUUAAUGGUUAUCAUCUGGGGUUUCUAGUGCAGAAAGCAAAUGUCAAAGCUGAUAAGAAAGAUUGGAAGGCCUUCAACGCCAUUCUCACAUGUUGUAUCUAUGGUAUUAUAUUGUUCCCGAACGAGAGGAAGUUUGUGGACAUGAACGCCAUUUCUAUCUUUAUCCAGAAGAAUCCGGUGCCCACUCUUUUGGGAUACAUGUAUCAUUUUAUGCAUUCUAGAAACGAUAAAGGCAAAGGUGGAGUGGUUUUCUGUUGUGCUUCAUUGUUGCAUCGAUGGUUCUCUAGUCACCUUCCUUCGCAAGGGGCAUUUGUUGAUACACAACAUACUAUGAGAUGGUCUAAUCACUUGAUGGGGCUAACCUCCAAAGAUCUCAAUUGGUAUAAGCCAGGAUUGGGAAGAUUGGAGAACAAAGACAUUAUUGUCAAAUGCGGCGGAUUUCCAAAUGUCCCUCUCUUGGGAAUAAGAGGUGGCGUCAAUUAUAAUCAUACAUUUUCUAGAAGGAAGUUGGGGUAUGCGCUGAGGGUACCUAUGACCGACCGGGAAGUGAUGGAAUCCUUGUCUUAUAAUGUGCCUGAUAGUACUGGGAUGAUGGAGAAAGCUACCAAAGCCUGGGAAAACGUUCAUCUGGAAGGUAGUACUUAUUUUGGCCAAAGAGAUUCUGGAAUUUACUCUCCUUAUGUUCAGUGGCUCGUUGAGAGGAACAAGAGCCCACGAUGGACUUUCCCUUUGGAAGAUCCUUUGUAUGACCAGAGUCCUAAUCAACCUGACGUGGUGCCCAGAGGAUCUUAUGAUUAA